AGCGGUCUCUCUAGCGCUCGGCCCGUUGCGCUCGCAGCGGGCGGCCAGAGGCCCUUUUGACAUGGGCAGCCGUGAUGCCUUGAUGAGCGGUACUGGCUACACCUAUGGCUAUGACGGUUCUUCGACCGAGAUGGACACGGCAGGCAGCACCGAUGAGUCGGACGAGGAAAUGGACCACACGUUGGUGAACCUGAAGCAGCCGCGCGGCUGCAGGCCGCCGUUGACGGCGGCAUGCUGCUGCCACCUCUGCUACGUUUGCCAGUUUUUGAUCUUUAUGGUGAUCUUCCCGCUUUGGACGAAGUGGUUGGUGACCAACCCGAUGCCAACCCAGUAUUGGCACGAGAACUAUCCGAAGUGGCCGUCCAUCGCCGCGCCGGGGGGGCAGCAGCUGGCGGAGAAGAGCGCGGCGAGGUUUCCCAUCGAGAUGUCGCCCAUCCCGACGCAAGCGGACAGCUGUAACUACUCGUGUUCCUCUUGGCGCGGCUACCGCACCAAUGAGAUGAACUUCCGAGUGAGCCUCACGCUGAACGACUCCGAGCUGGCCAAGGGCUAUGUCCACACGGUGUAUCCGGUGCUGCUCGCCUCUGCGGACUUCCGAGACUGGUGGGUGGUGGCGGACCGGCGCUUCGCGUACCCCCAGCCCUUCUGGCGGGCUCGGACAGACCAAGCAGGCCGUGCGUACACUUACACCACGGACACCUGCGUGGCGCCUCCAGAAACUCCUGAUGCCUCCACUGCCUCCAACUCCGGACAGUACGUUCUGGCCUGCAUGGUGUGGAGCCCCUCGAACUUCGCGGCGCUCGAGAAGGCAACGGAGCUCGAUGAUUCGGACUUGGGCGAGUAUUGUGAGAGCGCCGGCGGAGUUUGCGGAUGGAGCUGCAACUCAGUGAUCGACUCCAACUUGUUAGAAGGCUGCUCCGCUGACGGCGACAUCGAGAUGACACCGACUUCAGUGGCCGGCAGAGAGAUCCCCGGCGCCCAGUUUUUCGGGAAGGUGAUGAUGCGGCAGUGCCUGGAGGGCUCGGGGACUGGAAAGUGCGAGACCUCCACCGACAAGUUCAAGCAGUGGAGGUGUCACAAAUGCCUCUACGACCCGCGAACCGAGGAUGACAUGCGGCGCUUGCAGGGCAUCCCGGGCAUCGGGGGCAUCCCGGGUAUCGGGGGCCUUCCCGGCGGCAUCCCGGGCCUUGACCCGGACCCCGACGGCGGCAUCGGCGGCAUCGAUCUCCCCGGCGCCGGCGGCGGAAGUGGAGAGGGCAAGAAGCCCAUGAUUUACGAGUCCCUGCCGCGGUUCAAAGUGACUGUGGAGGGCUCUAAAGUGCCAGGAGGCACCGACGUCUUCAGCCAGCCCCGGGUCUUCCUAUUCCAGUCCUCCCAUAGCAAACGAGGCACCUGGACCAAGUUGUACAAACAUGACUACGGCAUGACUGACCCUCCAGUCGCGGUGGGUGAGGACAACAAGCCCUUGAUCAAGGUGGCAGAGGAUAACAGCUUCGAUGAGGAGCUCCCACCUGUGCAAGAUCCAGUCAGUGCGCAUGCCAUGAAGCUGAACGAGCAGAACCAUCUGGAGAUCGAUCCAGAUUGGUGCUAUGGACGCCAAGGCCCCUUGUACCUGGUGACUUGCGCUGUGAACAGCACCCUCUACGACGAAGCGAGCUUUUCGAGGUUCGAGCCAGGACAGCAGGCUGCACCCCCUCCCUUCAACGACCGCUGCGUGGCGGUCUCGGGGCGCUGCGCCUACGCCUGUCAGUCCGAGCAGCGGGCCUUGGCCAACUGCAGCGCGGACGGCUACAUCAACCCUAAGGCCUUGGUAGGCUACGUGGGCUACGAGAAGAACCAGUCGACUCCGGUGUGGCUCUUCUGCUAUGUGCUCUUGAUCGGCUUCGGCGUGAAGGCGGUCAUGCUUUGCCCGGGCGUGUUUUCGCCCUACGCCCACUUCCGGCGCUAUGAUCCAGAGCUCACCUCGAACCUGCGGUACAUCACGGUGACCAUUCCCAGCGCCGGCGAGAACAAGUGCACAGUGCUGCGGAACGUGAUUGGCGCCAUCGGGUGCAUGCCCAAAGAUUGCCGCUGCCGGUACCACGUGACCUUUGUGGACGAGGGCCACAGACAUGAGCAGAGGAUGACAUUUAUGAAGCUGGCGCACGUCAUCGAGAAGAUCCCCAACUUCGGGGGUAGCUCCUACGAGGAGAACGUGUCUGCCUUCUUCAAGGCCUGGGUGGAAGACACGAAGAAGAUGGACUUGGCCAAGGUGAAGGACGGUCAUUCUGGGGAGAUUGAGCCUGCCGUCAUGGCGAGGAUGUGUGGCAAGAACUCCUUGAAGAAGCUCCGGAAGGAAGGCGGAUGGGGCCCCAUGCCUCAGCAGGCCAUCGAUCCCUUGGAGAGCGCCUUGGACAUCUUGGAGGAAGACCUCAAGGACAACAAGAAGGAGAAGAAGGACCUGCACCGUGACGACGUGGCGGACUGGGAGCCUCGGGACCGCAACAGCCUGGCGCUGCGGCUGCACUACCUGGCGCGCGCCAAGCCCAUGGAGGACGAGCGCACCAUCAAGGCCCAGCACGUGGCACCUGGCACCUGGUACUACAAGGUGCCCCAGAACGCCGAGAACAAGGACUGGCUGAAGUUGAGGGCCAACGCCAAGGAGAUGGUUUACGGCCUGGAGGACGAUGACGCCUUCAUGAACAACGUGCCGCUCAGGACGAGCCGCGGCAAGGCGGGGGGCCUGAACUUCGCGGAGAACUACCUGUGCCUCUAUGCGGACAAGCCGGAGAACAUGUACAAUGACGAGCGGGACAACUACCCCUGCCUCUACAGCAUUUGCGACGCCCGCCAUCAGUUCCAGACGGAUUUUUUCCACACGACCAUCCCGUACUUCUUUGAUGAAGACAUGGAGAUGAACCCUUAUGUGGGUUUCACGCAGUGUCCGCAAUUUUUCCAUGAGAUGCAGGACAAGUUGGACUACUUGGACAAUAACAACGCCCAAUUCUUCCGCUUGAAUUGCAUGAUUCGAAAUUGCUGCGGCGGUGUCAGCUCAUGCGGCACAAAUGGCACUUGGAUGAUCAGGCACCCUCCGGGAGAUCUGGUUUGGGAGCGGGAGCGGAGGCGCGUCCGGGAUGCGGACAGCAAGCGCAAGAGUCAGGAGUACGUGGAGCGAAGGACCUUCCAUGAGAGCUGCAAGGUGGAGGACACGGCGAGCAGUCUUCAACAGGUGCUCCGAGGCCGUCGGUCUCAGUUCAUCAAUCGCCGCUUGUCCUUUGGCAUGGCCAAGAACCCGGUGGACUACCUGGCUGCCGUACAGCGAUGGGCCGAGGGAGGUGUGGUUCUGUCUUUGCAGACCUUCUUUAGCUGCCACAAGGGUGUCUACAUGGUUUGGUUCACCUUGAUCUUCUUCUUCUGCUUCCUCGCUUCGGUCUUCAUGAUGGUUGGGCGGACCGACCCCACCUGGGCAAUCGUGAAGUGGGGCCUGAUCUCUGAAGAGACGUACACGGCCGCCAUCACGCCCUUUGUGGACUGGUUGAAGAGUCUUGCCUUGAUCGCCAGACAGGAACAUUUCAAGCAGCAUCCCGAUCUCUUGCAGACCUAUGUGACUAUGGCCCUCCAGUUUGUUGGCUGGGUGGUGAGCCUUGUGCUGUUCAUUUUCUUGGUCUUCAUCUGCACCGAGCUUCUGAAGUUCGUGCAGCGGGUUUGUGGCUUGAAGCUGCCGGUCAUCUGGCCGGAUGAGAUGCGGUGGUGGGGCCGCUUGCUGAUCUCCAUGGACAACUUGACCUACUUCUUGUGGUUUUGGACGGCCUUUUUUUGGAUCAGCUUCAACUACUACAGCAUCUUCGCCAAGCGCACCUACCACUUCUCCUCCACCGGGAUGUUCACCUUCAUGUUGAUUGUCCAGAUUUUGAGCUGGGGCAUGAUUAUUGCUGCCUCCUUGCGCUACACGCUCUCCACCAGUAUGGAGGCGAACGAGGUCAUUAGCUUGUCGAUGGACAACAUCUGGCGGUCCACGCAGCUCUUCUACAUCUCAGCGCCGCUGCUAUUUUAUUCCAUUAUCAAGGGCAUCCAGGAUUACAUGCGCUACCAGAUGUAUGGAGAAGACAUUAGCUUUUGGGUGGGUGGUGACCGUGGUGUCAUGUCCACAAACCUCGUGAAGUACUGGACUUUGUUACUCAUCCUUGGGGCAGUCGGUGCUUGGACCUACUACAUUGUGGAGGGCAGGAAGCACACAGGCGUGUUGUCGGCCGUGCUGAUUGUGACGCUCAUUGCUCUCGAUGUGCUGCACCCGUGCACAUACUUGUGGGUGGGUCGCACAAAGAUGACGCCAGAGAGAGCCUCGAAGCUCUCGUGGGGCCAAGCCUUGUGCACUCGCGGCUGGUGGGAGUUGAUGAUUGGCAAUCUGAUCCUGAACGAGACAGUCACCGGCAUCAUGAAAUGGCUGGGUCCGGCGUGGUUCGUCCUGAUGCCCUUCCUGACUCUUUUCAUGCCCUACAUCGGCGUGAACCAGGCGUUCAUGAUGAUUGGCUCCACCACGAACCGCUGA